AUGAACAGGACAUCUAUCUUUGUGGCAUCGUCUGUUUUUGUGGCGUCUGCGUUCACUCUGUUUUGUUUCUCGAGACUAUUUCAAAGACCACAUGUUAAAAAAGUCUCGUUCAAGCCAUCAGUGCCUCGUUUCACAUUAGGCGAUACGUCACUCCCUAAAGUUAUCGAAUUCGACAAGGGAAAUUUAACGCUUGAUUUCUGUACAUCCAUCUGUACACUGAUCAAUAUAUCUGAUUAUGACACAAGACAAAGGCUUAUCAUCAGUCUUCAUCAAGCUUCAUCAUUUCGUCGGAACUUUGAUGUCAUUAGGGACUCUAAGUGCCUAGAACUCCUCCUAUCUCUCCUGGAUUCUACCUCAGGGACGUUAUCAGGACGCCAGCAAAACCUAAACAUUCUUCACGUUGUAAUGAACUUGGCGUGCGAUCAACAAAAUUUUCCAAUCAUAAAGGACUAUCUCGAUGAUAUUUUAUUAAUAGCAAAUGCAGUGGAAUACAGUGAUCAAGUAUGCGUUGCUCUUCAGGUCCUCGGUAAUAUAGCAUUAACUCCAGAUGGAUGCAAAUUGCUACGUAAUAAAUGUGGUUAUCUCUGUAAUAUGUUAAAAAUGCGCGAUCCAUACGUCCUACGAAAUCUACUAGUAGUUUUUGUGAAUCUGUCCUGUGACAUAGAUUGUUGUGGUGAAAUUCUUACACAGGAUCCUGAGGAAUUUAUGAGAACUUUGGAGUACUCAUUGUCUUCGAGUGCACCCAUAUCAGUUUCUCUAAAAAUGAUCGUUCUCCUCAAUAAUCUAUAUUCUCGGAUGAUACAGAAGCAAGAAACUUCACGGAAAUCAUCUGAUUCCUCACCCUCUUCAACGUCUAUAGCUAAUUCACUUAAGAAUAAUUGCACUCUAGUUAAAUCGUGGAUUAUGUUCUUGAUAUCUUCAUCAAAAGACCCGAGUGAACUCGAAUUUCAUUUGCAAAAGCUUGCAUCUUCUUUGGAAAAAGUGGAAAAUUUCAACGUUGAGUUAUGA